AUGCCCACCAAUCAUCCCCGCCUCCGCAGUAUACUAGCAGCCUCUCCCCUCUUCGGGCUAUUAGCAUCCCUCUCCUCCGCGGCCGCUGCACUACCUUCUUCUUCAUCUACAGCCCAUCCCUCCCUCCCGAAAGUCACCUUAACACCGGCGGACUCUGACGCCCACCCCGUCGUCUUCCAGGGCCGCUCGAUCCCAGAGUUCCGACAGGAUGUUUUCCUGGGGAUCAAAUUCGCGGACGAGCCGGUGCGGUUCACCCCGUCGGAAGUGAAGAGGGCGUAUGGUGAGAUUCUUCCCCUUGGCUUUAUAAUCGCCUAUGAUAUGUUCUAUAAACGAGUUACUAGAGGGAAGGAAACCAAGACCUACAACGCAACCGCCUACGGCUUCGAAUGUCCCGGCUAUGGAUCGGACGAGACGAAGCUGAUUAAUGCCGGCACCAUCCAGUUGAGUGAGGAUUGUUUGAAUUUGAAUAUUAUUCGGCCGUGGACAAACUCAGGGAAUUCGUCUGGCACUGCUGGUUCUCGGACUUCGAAGGAGAAGACCGAUGGUGAGCUGCUGCCGGUUCUCUUGUGGAUCUAUGGUGGUGGAUGGCAGCAGGGGGCGACGGCGGAUCCGAGGUACAACAUGAGCUACAUCGUCCAGCAAGGCGCUGAGAGCGGAACUCCCGUGCUCGGAGUGUCGAUUAAUUAUCGAUUAGCGGCGUUUGGUCUGCUAGACUCAGAGGAGAUUAGGGAAUCCGGGAACAAUAACCUCGGACUGCGUGACCAGCGCGUCGCCAUGAAAUGGGUCCAGGAGAAUAUCCGCGCCUUUGGUGGUGAUCCGGAGCGGGUGACUAUCUGGGGGGAGUCAGCAGGUGCGUAUAGUGUGGGAGCGCAUCUGGUCGCCAACGGAGGAGACCACGAGGAUCUUUUCCGAGCCGCUAUCAUGGAAUCCGGAAACGCAGUGGGCCCGCCCUGGAACGGUACGGAUUGGUACCAGCCCAUGUAUGACCGAAUCGUCAACAAGACUGGCUGUACCGGCUCAUCCGACACCCUGCAAUGCCUGCGAGAUGUGCCCUAUAAAACUCUAUACGACAACGCCUUCGAAGGACUUGAAUGGUUCGCCGCAGUCGACGGUACUUUUAUCCGCGAAUACCCCCAGAUCAGUUUCUCGGAGGGCCGAUUCGCAUCGGUACCAAUCCUACUGGGGACGAAUACCGACGAAGGGACAAGUUUCGGCACGACGGGCACGGAUACGGAUGAGGAGUGUGUGGAGCAGUUGAUUUGUAGGUUCCUACUGACUCAAAUAGCUUCUAAACGAUGGGUGCUCGAUCGCAACCAAGCCACCAAGCUUUUGACAUACUACCCAGACGACCCGGCCGUCGGGUGUCCCUACGGAUGGGGCAACACGACCUGGCCGCAGCUGGGAGCCAUGUAUAAGCGGUACGAGUCGAUGGCAGGAGACAUCAGCAUGGUGGCGCCGCGACGACUGCUGGCCGAGACGAUGGCGAAGGCCGGCAAGGACGUGUACAGUUAUCGGUGGGACGUGGCAGCUUUGAACUCAUCAAGUACCAUUGGCGUGGGACAUUUUGCCGAGAUUCCGUUCGUCUUCGCCAACCCCGACCAGACCAUGACGCCCCUGGGAGACGACCCGGCGCGCCUGGAACUGGGCAAGCUAGCGGCUCGCAUGUGGACGUCAUUCGCGACGGAUUUGAAUCCCAAUGGUCACGACGUGCCUCAGAUCGCGCCAUGGCCGCAGUAUGCGCUGCAGGACCCGUCGAAUUUCGUCUUCCGACUGCCCCGCCAACAGAGCUAUGUCGAGGCCGACACGUAUCGAAAGGAGGGGAUGGCCUAUCUCAACGGGAUUGCGCGGUAA